GCCCAGUCCGCCAGUCGGUGUUAGUUGAUGGCGUGAGCUCGUGGUUAGAGGAUUGUGUUUCGCGCUGUUGUUGAUAUUGCCCUUCUUCGCGCGUAAAUUUCGUGAAAAUUUUUCUGACAUUUGAACGAAAUGAAGUUGCAUGUGUCCGUACAUUUAUCAGUGAAAUAUUAAUUUUCGUGUGCCAAGUUACGUUUUAUUGUUUGGUGAAAUUGGUGAACUAAUUGUCUCAAAAUGAUGACCAACGGAUAUAUCAUCGGCGAUGGCUCUUGGACCCUUCGGGUAUUUGUCACUGACCUUAGUGUGGAAAGGUCACUUCGGGUUAAAGGUGAUCUGCACGUUGGUGGUGUGAUGCUGAAGCUCGUCGAAGAUUUAGAUAUCGCGAUCGACUGGUCAGAUCACGCUUUAUGGUGGCCUCACAGAAACAAAUGGCUGACUAGAACACGAUCGACGUUAGAUCAAUAUGGCGUACAAGCAGAUGCAGUUUUACAUUUUACACCGAUGCAUAAAACGUUAAGAUUACAGUUACCAGAUUUGCGAUACUUGGAUUGUAAAGUGGAUUUUUCAAUUAAGACGUUCAACGCUGUAAUGCAACUGUGCAGAGAAUUAGGUAUAAGGCAUCCAGAAGAGCUAUCAUUAUGCAAACCAUUAGAACCUCAUCAUUUAAAGUACAACUUGAAAGAUUUAUCGCACAAGAAAUACCUUCGGGAAAACAAUAUACCCGUGUCACCGGACACCAAUACUUUCAUCGCUAACCAAAGUCCAGCAAGCUCAACCGGUAGUCUCGAUAAAACACCUCCUUUUAUUUGCGGACCAAUUACGCCAAUGAAACACACAAGUACACCCAUCAGUUCACCUGUGACGCCCACAGGUACAUGGAGACGAAACGGUCAUGCUGAGAUUAACGGUAACGUAACAACUCUGGAAUUAUUAAACGGAAGCUUAGAAUCGUCACUGGCCCAUAGUCCAGCUUCUCCUAGUCAUGAAGCACGUGUCAGAUUAGUUCGACCGAAAUCAUUAGCGGAAAAAGCUCGUAUGAAUGUUGCAUGGUUAGAUUCUUCACUAUCAAUAAUGGAACAAGGUAUCAGGGAAUAUGAUACGCUACGACUACGAUAUAAAUUUUACUCAUUUUAUGAUUUAAAUCCAAAAACCGACGCUGUGAGAAUAAAUAUGAUCUAUGAACAAGCGAAAUGGAUGUUGUUGAAUGAAGAAUUAGACUAUACAGAAGAAGAAGCUCUUAUGUUCGCUGCUUUACAAGUACAAAUUAAUUUACAAGCUAGUAUACCUCAACCAAUCAAUGAUACUUCGAGUAUGAACGGAGUCGAAGAUGAUAUCGACGCUGCAUUGACAGAUUUACAAGUCACAUUAGAAGGAUCGCAUAUUACAUCUUAUAACGAUAUCCAACGUGUACCAGAAUUAUCGGAUUAUCUACGAUUUUUAAAACCAAAAAAAUUCACCCUUAAAGCGUACAAAACAUUCUGGUUCGUUUGUACGGAUUUACAAUUACAGUUAUACAAAAGCCCAGGCGGUUCUUUAGUUCAAGUGAUCAAUUUACGCGAUUGCGAAGUUACUCCUGACUUGAAUUUAUCCCAAAAGAAAUACGGUAUCAAAUUAGAAGUGCCUAGUGCCGAAGGAAUGUCCGAAAUGUGGAUUCGUUGCGAUUCGGAGGAACAAUAUGCAAAAUGGAUGGCAGCUUGCAAACUAGCGGCCAAAGGACGUACACUUUUUGACAACACUUACGAAUCGGAAGUUAAAUCGAUUCUUAGCUUUUUAGAAAUGCAGAAACCAGCUUUACAGCCGGCCAUUUCACCGUCGUCUUUAGAUAUUCAACCAGAUGAUUAUAUGUCGUCUAGAUACGCUAAAAAAUUGAAAAACAAGGCGAUACAGAGAAUCUUGGAAGCCCACGCCAAUGUGAAAAAUUUAACGUUGGCAGAAGCUAAAAUGAAUUAUAUCAAAGCAUGGCAAUCGUUACCAGAUUUUAGUGUGUCAUUAUUCAUCGUUAGAUUAUUAGGUAGUAAAAAAGAUGAAUUAUUAGGCAUCGCUUCGAAUAGAAUCAUGCGAAUGGAUCUUACCAGCGGAGAUCACGUAAAAACAUGGAUGUAUAACACCGUAAAGGAAUGGCGAAUCAACUGGGAAAUAAAACACAUGAUGAUCGAAUUCGACAAAGAUAAAUUAGUAUUCGCUUGUCAAUCAGCGGAUUGUAAAGUCGUCCACGAAUUCAUCGGUGGUUAUAUAUUUUUAUCAAUGAGAUCGAAAGAAGCCAAUCAAUCACUGAACGAAGAGCUUUUCCACAAAUUAACCGGCGGUUGGGUGUAAAAGAGUCUGUUUUUUUCAUGGAAUCGACUCGUUAAAAAUAGAAUAAUUUUUUUUAGUUGUUGAAUUUUAACCAUUGUUAAAUGUUGUGUUUGUGUAACCGAUAAAAUAUCCCCUGGAGGGUAUAAAUUUUUUGAAAAAUUUAUCGGAUUGUACUUAUAUAUUCGUGUAUUUUUUUUAUAUGUUUUAUUUAUAUCGUGUUAUUUACCAAAAUGUUGUUUUAAAUGUGUAUUUACUCAUUUCAUAUGUAACUGGUUUACACUGAAAGCAUUAAGAAAUAAGUAAUAACCACCUCGAAUCGUACGAACGAAGCAUUGUUUGAAUAUUUAAAAUCAGUAUUACUUAAUCUUUUUAUCUUUACGAGCUUAAAAAAUUGUCCACCAAAAUGCAUUUUUUUUCAGUCUCUGGAACAACUUAAUUAAGCUAUAGUGUUAUUCGCCUUCAAUGUAAUUUUUACUAUUUAACAUUGAAACUUACCAUUUUUUUUUCUUUAAUUUUAAUUUUUCUUGUUUUUUCUUCUUUUUUUGUGUGUGUUUAUGUACAUUGUAAAUAUUGUACAUAUCAUUUGUAAAUUUCAAACGUAUUCUUUUUAAAUGUUGAAAAAUCGUUUUUUUUUUCGCCAUAUCAUAUUCAUGGCACUAUGACGAGUAGAUGUGAAUUAUAUAGUGUGGUGUUUUUGUGAUUGUAGAUGUUAAAGGAAAAAAAAAUCGAAAAUUGUGUAACCUAUUGUUUUUUUUUGGAGAUGUUUUCUUUCUUUUUCUUUUUUUCGCAUUAAUUUUCUUCUCUUUUUCUAAUAACGAAAUUUUUGUUGCGUUUGUUUAAUUAAUUAACCAAUUAAAAAUUAUUAAAUAUCACAUUAGUAGAUACCUGUUGCUAUUAUUGUGUCACUACGAACUCGUAAUUAUUAAAAUUAUUUUUUCAAAUAUUACCUACAGCGAUUUAAUUAUGUAGUUGCAAUUUGAAAUUAUUAUUGUCUGUUUCGAGAUUUUUUCAUUUUUCGAUUAGGUUUGAAAAUUAUUUCAAUCAUUUCAAUUUUAUAUCUGUUAUUGUUCUUUUCUAAUUUACCUACACAACAAUAAUAGAAGAAUAAUAUUCGUAAUUUAUUCGGACAUUCGUGUUUUUAAUAUGUAUUUUAAUAAAUGAUUCAAAAUAA